CCGAGGACGACAUCAAGAGCCGGGAGGUACGUACCAGGUACCAUGUACCGACGACCGACGUCAGCCGAUUUGUCCGAGCACCGCAAGCCCGACAUCCCAGCCAAGGACAGCGCGGUCCAGAAUCCCCAGUCCCAAGUGCCGCGCCAGGAAAGCCAAUUGCUGAACAUUCGAUUCUGACCAUCACACGAGUCAAUUCGGCCCUGACCGCUCCCCAACUGGUUGCGCAAGUGGCCUCAUGCACGUCGCAUAGCACCACCUUGCGACGAUCAGUCAGUUCCUGUGCCUCUCGGCCUAUACUCCCUGGUCCGGCCGGUCCUCGUCCCAGAUAUUUAGUCGCAAUGGCUGCCAGCCGGUAUGCCCAGCGCCUUACCGCGCAUCUCGGGUCUCCCUCUACACGCCUUACACGCCUCUCCCAGACCCAAUUGAAGUCUUACAGGCGCUGGUUGUCGAGUUCGACCACUUCCGGCUCCUCCAAGAGCGCUCCGCCCUUCAACCCUCUCCCUGUGUGGCUUGCCGCGGCUGCCGUAGCCGUCGCAGCCCCUCUGGCCUACAAGAUGGCUGAAAAUGACACCAUUGCCCUCGACGCGGCCAGUCUCGCCGACCGAGAUGCCCAGAAGAAGCGAGAGUCCGGUGUCGGCACCGAGUCGCCCAUGCGUCUCCGCAUGGAGAAGUUUAUCAAGGAGCAACAGAAGUUGAUCGUUGAGGGCCUCGAGCAAGCCGAUGGCAUGAAGUUCCGCAAGGAUGAGUGGGAGCGCCCCAAUGGCGGCGGCGGCAUUACCUGCGUCCUCCAGGAGGGCAAGGUCUUCGAGAAGGCUGGUGUCGGUGUCAGCGUUGUCUACGGCUCCCUACCCAAGCCUGCCAUUGAGAAGAUGCGUGCCAACCACAAGACCCUCGACCCCAAUGUCGAGUCUCUCGACUUCUUCGCCGCUGGUCUGAGCAUGGUGCUCCACCCUUACAAUCCCAUGGCCCCCACCGUCCACCUCAACUACCGAUACUUUGAGACGGCCAACCCCGACGGCACAUCGCAGGCCUGGUGGUUCGGCGGCGGCAGCGAUCUGACCCCGUCCUACCUCUUUGACGAAGAUGCCAUUCACUUCCACAAGACUCUCAAGGAUGCCUGCGACUCUCACGACAAGGAGUACUACCCUCGAUUCAAGAAGUGGUGCGAUGAGUACUUCUACAACAAGCACCGAGGUGAGUGCCGUGGCAUCGGCGGCAUCUUCUUUGAUGACCUCGACGAGAGCGAGCGCGAUCAGGAGAACACCUUUGCCUUCAUCCAGGACUGCCUCAAAUCCUUCCUGCCCUCAUACAUCCCCAUUCUCGAGAAGCGCAAGAACAUGCCUUACACUGAGGAGGAGAAGGACUGGCAGCAGAUCCGCCGCGGCAAGUACGUCGAGUUCAACUUGGUCCACGACCGUGGUACCGCCUUUGGUCUCAACACACCCGGAUCUCGCGUCGAGAGCAUCCUCAUGAGCCUGCCCCUGACGGCGAGCUGGAAGUACAUGCACGAGCCCGAACCCAAGAGCCGCGAGCAGCGUCUCGUGGAAGUGCUGAGGGACCCCAAGGAAUGGGUGUAAGCGAAUAUUUGGGCUAAUGUUGUACUGCCCACGCAUGAAGUCCAAGGUCACGAUAUCAGAUGGAGUGUAAAAUAUGAUGUGGUAUAAUAGAUGGAUGCCAGGGCUGUAUAAAUAAAAAUCACACAAGAAAGCGGGCGGCACGAAGGAUAGUAAAAUAAAAUAAAAUACCGUUAUAUCCACCAA